AUGGGGCUCGUGCUGGGCGCUGGCUCCGUGCCUCCUGACGGGGUUGGCGUCGGCGCAGGGGUGGCGAGGGCGGCGGCGGCCGCCAGCAGCAGCAACAGCACGAGGUGCAACAGUCGCAUGGCGGCGAGUGCGCGGACGGGUCUGGCGCGGGCGAGCGGCCGCGAAUCGCCCCCUGGGGCCCCCGAGCGAUGGGCGGAGCGGCCAGGGAAGGGGAGAGGGCAACUGAUCUUAGCACGCAGCAUUUGUUCUCAAGGUUACCCCUUAUGUGAUUUACAGUUCUACAGUACGUGUGUAUUUUUACAGUACAACUCAGGGGAAAAAUGGAUUAACACUCAAAAUGUUAAUCAUUGCCAUAUUAGUGCCAUAUCACCCCCGGAAGCGCCACAAAGCGGAAUGACCCCACCGAGAAACGAUCAACAUUUUGAGUUAGCACAUCCUCGCCUUAAGCGGUACUGGAACGAACGUGUGUUGUCCAGUUGUUCCGCUAGUCCCAUCCGAGGCUUUCCGAGGGGCCCCGGGGCGCUAGGUGGCGAGGGAGGUGGCCUCGGUGCCGAAGACGCGGCGGCAGAGGCCGCGGAUCCACGAGUAGCCCACGUCGCAGCGGCGAAGAUUACUGAAGCGCCUGCGCGGCGCGCCCACCAUCACCUGCUGCGGCUCGGGCUCCGGCUCCGGCUCUGGCGGGGCGGGCCGCGGGGGGGCGGGGCGACCCGGCCCCGGGACCGCAACGCUCGAACCCCCCGCCGCCGGAGAUGCAGCAGUACAACGUUCAGCACCCAGGCUCUACAGUUAAGUGACCGAGUAUCAGAGAAAAGGCUCCAGAAAACGUGCGUGGAGAAUAGCUUACCCUGCUCCGUGCGAGGCGAGUGCCAAGUCAGGGCCGAGCGUGGCGGUGGCAGCGCCGGCGACGGUGGCGUCGUGAGCGGACGGGCGUGGCACCAGCAGCGCGGCGGCGAGCGCCAAGAGGACGAAGGCCAUGGCGGCGGCGGCGGUGGCGAGUCGGUCCCAGCAACGCCGGGGCACUGGCGCGCGCCUCCCGCUGCUUAUCGGCGCUGCGGGCGGAGGCCUCUGACGCGACGGGCAGCUGCGCCGGGCGCACGCACUGGCAGAGCGGUCGGGGCAAGUUCAACGCAGAUCGCACGCCCAACAGAUACUGCUCGCAACUUGCGUUCGAAAUGCGCCACUGCGCGAAAUAGGGACGGUGAACGAGAAUCAACCCGAUUAAAAAAAAUUGUUAUGUAA